GCUUCCUGAGGAGAGAGAGUGGUCCUGAUGCUGGAUCUCGUGCCCGCGCAUUACAUCACUUCUCUGCUGCGUGAUUGGCUGGUGGGUCAACUCAGCAUCCACCGCGAGCCUCAGCACCCUGAAGCAGCGUCUCAGAACAUCCUCAUCAUCACACCUCCAUCCUCCUCCUCUUCUUCAUCAUCUGUGGUUUUAAUCACACACCGAAAACACCCUGUUCACGUGGCUGUGCGCGUUUUCGUGUCCGUGCUCUGGCGGCUCGUUUCGAGGAUGGCGGAGAGCGAGGCAGACACGCCGAGCACGCCGAUUGAGUUUGAGAGCAAAUACUUCGAGUUUGAUGGAGUGCGGCUGCCGCCCUUCUGCAGAGGGAAGAUGGAGGAGAUCGCCAACUUCUCCCUCAGAAGUAGCGACAUUUGGAUCGUCACCUACCCGAAGUCAGGUAAGCAAACCUCUGCAGCGUCACUUCCUGCUCUGUGCUGCAGGAUCAUUAAAGUUUCCUCUUAUAAAUGAACCUCAGACUCCAAACAUCAGUCAGUCAGAAGGUCUGGUCUGCAGGUUCAGCAGGUUACAGUGAUUCCUGCAGCUUCUGUCUUUAUUCGCAGUAAAACUCUGAUUUACGGGCCUCUAUCAGGCUCUUAAACGCAGCAUAUGUUUCAUAAUCAGACUCGAACUAAUUAAGUCAAAGUCAAUCGAUGAAUGUCUGGCAGUAAAGUGCAGUGCGUCUGCGCAGGCCGUGGUUAUUUACAGGAGUGACACGCGCUCUCAGACGCAGGUGGAGGUGGUGUUUACAUCCUGCAGACUGUUGUGGUGCAGCGCUGCUGCAGGCGGUGCGCUGCACGGUGCCCUGCUGAGCGCUGGGUGGGACCGGUCAUGUGACCCUGGGUGGUGGGCAGCUCGAGCUGGAGAGGGAGUUUGAUUCUGGUGUUAAUGAUAAUUAAUCUGUUAUUAAUGCAGUAAUGAAACACCUGAACUGAUCUGAAUGGAAGAACUUUGAUUUUAUUAUGAGUUUAUUUAAUCUGAACAUUUACAGCUGCCAUUACAUGUGUGUCUGUCUCCUUAGAUUAAUGCAUCUCUAUUUUCAGCAUAAAAGCAUCUCUCUGUGUUUAUCCCGCAAACUGUUCUCCAACCAAGACCUUAAGAUUUAAUUUAAAAAACAGUCUUUUAACUAAUUAAAGGUGGGGUAGGCAGGAUUCUGUUAAAGAAGGAUCUUAUUUUGUGGUGUAUAAACAAAAAAUCUUCUAAUAUCAGUCAAUAGUUAUUAGUUAUUGAUGACAUUUGGUAAUAUAUCGAUAUCUCUGUGUUCUCUUCUGUCUGUGUCGUCAACAUUUGAACAUUUUUGAGCGGUCCGCUCUUUCUGACUGUAAACAAAGCCGUUCUCCACCUCCUCUAACCUGAUUGGUUGUGAGGCAGACGCCGCUCCCCCGUGUCGUUCAGGAGCCCAAACAAAGUUAGCGUGCUACAAUAUCGGACAGUAGAAACCAACCAGAAAGUUCAGAAAAUUGUCUGAAUCCUCCUUUGGCCACGACUGCCGACACAAGCAAGAAAACAAAGUAAAUACCGGAGACUCUGGAGGAAUAACGGGCGCUUAAAACGGAGGUAGACCGGACAAGAGCUAAAAAGCCGGGUCAACAUAAACGAUGGGGGACGCUUGGGGAUCUUGGUGACCCUGUAACCUUUCUGCUGGACAGGUAAACCGCUUUAACAAAGUAAGACAAGUGUCUGUAACAGAAGUGUUUCUUGUCAAACGGACCUGCUGUAGCGUGUUGUAGCGCCAUCGCUAAACUGUCCUCCCUCGGGUCCUGGACUAUGUCACUUUAUCCUCGUUGUAGAAGUCCUGCAAACAUUGUGUUUGCUGGUAGUCUGUUGGCAUCUACAGUAGCACCAAUGCUUUUGACUUUCACCUUGACUGGGCCCCAUUUGUAAUGAUCUGAAGGAUUUAUCUGCAUUAUAUCUGAAUUUAAUUGGAACGAUACGAGCGAGCAGGAGCGUCUGUUUGUGGGCGGGGCUUAAGAGAGGGAGGGGAGAGGAGGAGCUGAGGGGAAAACUGGUUUGGAGGGGUCGAGUUUACAUUCAAGAUUUCUCCUAAAAACUGGAACUUCCUCAGAUCCUGACUACAACACCUUUAAAUGUACAUUAUUUACAUCCAUGCACCAUGAUUCUGCCCGUUAACGAUAUAAAUUAAAGUUGUAUAUAUAUAUAUAUAUAUAUAUAUAUAUAUAUAUAUAUAUAUACAUACAUCUAUAGAAGAAGGCCUUGAUCAUUUAUUUUUCCUCUGAAGUUACUUGAUUUUUUAGAUUCUCUGUCAAAUAUUUGCUUUUAUUCUGAGAAGUUUCUCUCGUCACUUUGGUCGGCUGUCUGCCUGACUAAAAUGAGAAAUGACUACAGCAUAACAGAAAACCUUUUUGUGUUUUGUGUUGAGAAACGUAAAAACAAACUAUCCAGUGACACCCAGACUGUGUUCAGAGGAUUUCUGCAAAACUGCAGGAGACGAAACAAGAAUCUGCUGUUGUCAUCACAGGCUGCUUCAUGGCCACUGAAAAACUGUAACCUGAGAAACACAAGUGCAGUUUAGGGAGGACGAUUAAUCCGAAUGCAGAUGUGUCUGAGAUGCAUCACAGCAGAUUUUGUUCCACACAGGUUAUUUUCAUGCAGCUGAAAUCCUCUGAAACUCGAGUGGGACGAAUUCUUUGUGCCUAAAAUUAGAAAUCCAGCCCAGGGUUUCACCAGUUAAACUUAAGUUUAAAGGUAACCAAGUUUAAAUGCAGUUUUAAAUUUCUGAGUAAACACUGGCUGUUAACGGCUCAUAGUUUUGAGAGACAGAGAGACUUUGAUGAAGAGGGUUUUACUGACUGAUUUGUGUUUUCAACGAUAAAGAACAUCGGUCGAAAAUGUGCGACGAGUUUGAUCUGAACUUCUGCUGUUUUUCUGCUUCCUUGGUGUUUGCUGUAGUCGAUUAUAAUUUAAUACAGCAUUUAGUGCCGUGCUUUGUCAUCUGUCACUGUCAUGUUGCAGACAGCUGGAGCUUCACUGAUUGAAUUAAAGCUUCAUUUCUGCAACAGUAGUUCGGUUAAAUUGGACAUUGUGCUCUACCGGUGAGUAAAUUCAAAGUGUGCACGGUGAAACCAAACAGUGACACAACUUAAGCGACAAACUUUCUAUUUUUAAAGUACAGCUUGGUAUAAAAUUUGCACCUUAGGUUUAGAUGCAUCUUAAACAAAGCAGCUGCAGCAGGCCAAAGCCAGUUUUAGUUUUACUCUUCCAUGAACUUAAGGCUGAAAUCUAAAAGAAGAUUUUGGAGAGUUGAAUUUUAGUUCUAUGAUCUAUAAUCUUCAUACAGCAAAGGUACAAGCUCAGGGACGCAGCAAGGUCAACAUUAGGCAGUAAAUUAGUCAAAGUGGUUCAAACAAUGUCCAAUAUUUGCGACCGGGACUUCAAUCUCGGCUGGUUUUCAGAGAAAUUAUUACUCAGACGUUCGAAUAAGCCCCUCCAUCAUGAGAUCUUUUUUCUCUAAGAGGUCUGAGCUGUUAAAACGGCUUAAUGUCGGUCUGUGGGCUGAAUUAAUCCGCCAUGCGAUCAGGAUUGUGCCGCGUUCACAGUCAUGUAAAUUCAGGCCAUAAAGGAAUCAGAGGCUCAUUGAAUAACACCGAAUGCGUUCAUUUGCAUGUUUGAGUUUUGUGAACAGAGUCCAGUGAGUGGACGGGGAUCAGUGAGUGUUGCUGUGGUAAACGUGCUGCUACAUACAUGAGACAUGCGACAUGAGACAGUGCCGAUUCCUCUUCAGGUUUUUCUCUCCCUGCAACAGUUCAUGCUGCAGCCCCAGAGUCUGUUUGUAAACAUGAUUAAUUUACCCGGGAUUUCCACCGCAUCUGGAACGCCUCCAAUCUGGAAUGGUGGAGAUUUUUGCUGUCCGCCAAUUCCUACCAGAUCCGUUUGUGAGGCGAAUUUGAUAGUGAAUUACGGACAGAAGGAAUUGCAAGAACUCACAGGAACUUGCGGAUUCACGAGCAAUUGUACGAUAAUAAGUUGUCUCUAUAGCCAAACAGGCUAACCAUAUAAGCAGUAGAUUGUGUCCUUCCAGAGGAGGAAAUCUACUUCUAGACUUCUAGAAUCAGCAUCUCCUCAUCCAUGGUGUCAUCGGGGUGAAAUGACGUCUAAAAACCUUUCACUUGUUCGUUGUUUUAUUUAGAAAAGAAGCCGGAUGUUUUAUUUCGGGUUAAUCUGUGCUGAAUUUAUCCGCCAUGCUCCGGCGUCCAGAAAAAAUAGAACUCUUGUGAUCAGCUGAGGAGUCCGGCGAUCCGCAGAGGAACGGAAAGAAGUCGGUGUAAAUUGACACGUUAACUUGAAUGGUUACGAUCAGCUACGAUCGGAGGAUACGACCUUUUAGGAGACGAUCAGGAUGAAGGUGGAAAUUGGGGGUUAGACCUGGUGGAGUUAAGAGACCUUCAUGCUGACUGCUGGAAGACAAAGUCUCUAAAUGAGACUUCCACCAUCACAAACUGAAGAAGGGGCUGCCUGUAAAUCCACGCGAAGAGUCUGAGGAGUGAUCUCAGGACAGUCGAUCUACACAGCUGUGUAAAAAGUAACACCCCGAGCUGUGUCUAACUUUCUAUCAAAGCUCAUUCCAGGUGUCCCGUAUCAUCUUACCAUCUCAUCAGGUAGUCGAGCAGAAAGGCAUCGUGGUUCAUCAGGGGUUGCUGAGGCUUUGCUCACCUCCUACAUCUCACCUUUUCAACCUUUACCAGCUCUGUGUGUCUGAAACUGAACACUGGAGUUAGAUAACAUUGAACGCCCACGAUCUGGACAAGAAUUUAAAACACAGCAUCACUGAUGUAAGAAAACAAAAUCUUGUGCAAUUAAACUUCACAAAUGUAAUGCCUUAUUUUCAGUAGAAGUCCUGAUUUGAGCAACAAACGGACCUUUGUGUUUGACUCUGAGAACACAUGCAACAUGACAUAAUAGACAUGAAAGCCUUGGAUAAGGAUGUCAGAAUCGUUUCCAGGAAAGGAUGGCCUGAAAUCAGAGACCUUCAGAUUUCUACUGAAGUCACUGCAGAUGACAGCUUUGAGUGGCCUCCAUGAAAAGUCACAUUCAUAAAUUUGUUACACAAAAAUCCAAAAUGUCCCCUGACAUUUCUAGACCAAAUAAACGAAAGCUUUGUCUGCACGUUUUCACUUUAAAAAUAAUGAUUUGAGUACAGAAACGUUAAAAAGAGCUGUUUUUAGAAUUUCUGCAGACUUUUGGGCUUCAUAAGAGAAACCACCUCUCUUCUGUCCUGCAGCUCUGUGUUUGUGAUUCUGUUGCUGCUGCAGAGAGAGACCAAGCACAUGGCAGGACACAUGGCUUCAAUGCUGCAGAGCAUUGAUGCUAUUGGCUAACAUUUGGCUGUCUUAGCCAAUGGAAUAUAAAAGACUACAUGAACCUGAAGGGGGUUUAAAGUGAGUGUGGGGGUCUGCAGAGUGUGAUGGCGGUACCUUUAUGUCUGUUUUGACAUCAGCCAGAUGCUGCAUCAUCGCUCUCUGCAGACCUCUGCACCGCCCUGCACACUCAUUAAUCACAGAGGCGUGAAUCAGACACGCUGACACAGAGGACAGAACAUCCCCUGCUCUGGCUGCACGCUAUGUUCAUGAGAGUUUCAGGGAAAAUAACAAAAAAUCCAAAUUGACUGAAAAUCUCAGAGCCAAUUUGCCGGUCAGGACGAGUGUAUCAGUUUUCUUCUGUGAGUCUGCAGAGGAAUUACUCAGGCUUUGGAUGCUCUGCAGAAGUCUGAGGAUGUGGAGUGUGAAAUAUGAAGACAGGAAAUUAAACUGAAAGUCAAAAUAUCAAAAUUUCUUCUUCAUCGAUUUAUAUAAUCCUUUCUUUACUCUGACUUUUGCACAAACUCCAGUUUCAUAUUCAGACUUCAGUUGUUGACAACCAAGUGAGUGCAGAAGAAGGUACUCUGACAUGCAUGUUGUCGAGGUAUCAGGGUGCUGUUUGAAGUGUGAAGCAUGUUAUAACGCAGAUCAAGACAUGUGACACGUCUCCAUUUACUCUAUUUUUGGAGGAACAACACCAGCAACCACCACGAAAUGACAAAGACAAGAGGGCUGACGACUUCAAACAGAGAGAUUUCCUGACUAACAAAGCUGGUUCGCCAACAACAUCAGUGCUCUCUGCGGAAAAUGACACCCGCUCAUGCAGACAUGCUUUUUUCCUCCAGCACGUUAAAAGUGGACGCUGUGAGUCUUAUUUUUCGGUUCAGCUCUUGUUGCAGUAAUUCCUCAUGCAGCAGUUAUUUUUGUCGGCCUGCUCUGCAUGUCGUUAUUCAGCGUGUGCAGUAACUUGAUGCCAGCGGCGUGGGCAGGGAUGAUGGUGUGGGUGGGUGCAGAGGAACCCAGAUAGGCCUACCUGAGCCUAAAAUAAUCCCCUCUUAGGUUUAGUAACACCUUUGUCGAGCAAAGUAGGACAUCAGAACCACUCGCCUGACCGAUUUAAUCACAUAAGCCACAUCACAGGUCAUGUCACAUACAUCAGCAGUAACAGCAUCACAUGACCUCGAACUCCGAAUUUUCACAGCGUCCGGAACUGCUCCAAUCUGGAACGGCUGCAAUUUUCCCCGUCCGCCAAUUCCUACUGCAUCCGUUUGUGAGGCAAAUUUCGUGGCGGAUUACGGACAGCAGGAAUCGCGAGAACUCACAAGAACCCGCGGAUUCACGUACAAUCAUGUGAUGACAAGUUGUCUUUAGCCACAGAGGCUAACCAUAUAAGCAGUAGAUUGUGUCCUACCAGAGGAGGAAAUCUACUUCUAGACUUCUAGAAUCAGCAUCUCCUCAUCCAUGGUGUCAUCGGGGUGAAAUGACGUCUAAAAACCUUUCACUUGUUCGUCUCCGCCCCCGUUUGCAUGGUGUGAAAUACGAUCAGCCUUAAACACGGGUUAAUCUGUGCUGGAUUCAUCCGGCAUGCUCUGGCAUUCGGAAAAAAUAGAACUCUUGCGACCAGCUGUGGAGUCCGGUGAUCCGCAGAGGAACGGAAAGAAGCCGGUGGCAAUUGACACGUUAACUUGAAUGGUUAUGACCAGCUACGAUCGUUGGAUAUGACCUUUUUGUAGCCGUUCUGGUGGAAAUUGGGGGUUAGGCUUGUGAAACACAGAUGCAGCAGCACCAAUGCUCUGUGCUAACAAGAUAACAGGUAGAAGACAGUAGAUGGAGCAGGAAAUAAGGAGUGAAAUGCUAGAAAGUGGCCCCAGGAGGGAAACAAGCUCAGGUAGUCCACAUUAGGAUCAUAGACUGUGACUGUGCUUAGAGGACGAGGAUGACGGCGCCUCAGUCAGAUUUAAAUUUCUCUGAAUCAAGUCUCUACAUUAUGGAAGAGACACUUGACAUACAUGGUCGUAAUAGGAAGGAAACUCGAUGUGAGGAGACAGCACUGUCAGCAGAAGUGUCACUGCUAACAUGCUGCCAGUGCGAGCAGUAGCAGCAGUGCAGCCGUCAUGUGCUGCUCAGACCUGCAGCAUUUCUUACUUUAGCUCUGCAUCUGAAUCUCUAACAUUUCUUUCUGCGAACGACCAUCAAGUCAAUAUUUUGAAAAGUCACACGAUCAUGUAACGACGCCGGGAACACAGAGAAGGAUGAUCUCGUUAGAGGAGGCGGGAUGUCCAAGUCUACAUAGCGUGCCAGUGGUCCAUUUUGAUUAAAAUGGCAACUCUUUGAUGGUUGAGAUGUUUGAGACAUGCAUGUUUUCUCACAGUCCUCAUGUAAUCUUUUUUUUCUUGGUCAAAAUAUUUUUGGUAUUUUUUUCAAUUUGGAUGCCACAGCUGAUGUUUUUCAUGUGCCGAACACAAAUGAAGCCUUUCAUCGAUGCUAAAUACAUCUUCAGUGGUGAAGGACAAAAGCUUUUUCAGGGUCCUGAUAGGGAUCUUGUGUGGAGUUUAUUUGGUUUUACAGAAAUUAUGUUGGCGGCCUGAGGCCUAAGAGUGUCACAUCUUUCACCCCGAAGCAGAAGAAACGUCAGUCCUGCUCAUGUCAGACCCCCUCCUUUAGAAAACUGGUGAGCUGACCGACUGACGGUCUUACUGACAGCAAACAAUGAUGGAUCGUUCCUGAUGUGUCACCUUCCUCUCUGCUUAAUGAAACUUUGUCCUUCAUGCUGCUCAUCCCAUGCUUCAGUAUCUGCCUCCUGUUUCUGUCAGAGCAGUGUGUGGGAUAUCGGAUUGGACCGACACACUUAUUUCUGCAAACCAGUGAGUCAUCGCAGAGAACAUUGGCAUGGCAACAACAGAAAGUCUGUUUUGAAAAGACCAUUUUUUUAGAGGCCAAGACGGAUUUUUUUACAGGACAGGUGGUUGUUGGUGAGGGCCACGAGUUCAGAGUAUAAUAAAGAAAUUCUGCUGUUCUGUUCAAGUUCAUCACUGCGUCAACAAAUCCAGGUUAAAACUGUAGGAAACACGGCCUGGGUCGAGGGUCACGCCAUGCCUUUGUAUGUUUCUUGUUCUCUUCUGGUCACUAAAACUCCUGAUCAUUCACUGUUUGUUUUCUGUCUCUUCGUAGGCACCAGUCUACUUCAGGAGGUCGUGUAUCUCGUGAGUCAGGGAGCAGACCCCGAUGAGAUCGGCCUUAUGAACAUUGAUGAGCAGCUGCCUGUCUUGGAGUACCCCCAACCAGGUCUGGACAUCAUACAGGUAAUACAGCUGAAGCUCAUACGGCCCUGCUUGUAUCACCUUUGUAUUGCAUUGAUAAAGAUUGAUAAAGGUAGUGAACCCAGCAGAACAGGUCCUGGAGUCUGAAAGUGAAAUGUUGUCCCGUUCUGGCCUGAUAGAGGAUUUCGCCUACUCAGCAGUUCAGGGUCUCCUUGGUCCUGUUUUUGGGGUCAUGAUUGUCCAAAUGUUUUUAAGUCAGGACUGCAUCAGUCCAGUUUCUCAGCAGGACUCCUCUCCUGUUGAAAUCCCUGUUGUCACAAUGUGGUUUGGGAUCAGAUGAAGGUCUUCCCUCGAAAAGUCUUUGUCUGGAUGGACGCAGAUGUUGCUCCUAAACCUGGAGAUAUUGUUUAAAACUGAGGAUGCAGCAUCUAUGACUUCCAGUACUUUGUUGAAAGGACAACUGGACCUACUUGAGACGUUUUGCCUUAGAUGAAACAUCCAGUUGUUCUUUCCAAAAAAAAAACGUAAGAUUUUGACCCAUCAGACCACAGGCCAGUUCUCCUCGUCCCCUAAGUCCACCUUAAAUGGGCUCAGGUCCAGAGAAGGCUCUGGUGGUUCUGGAUCCUGGUCUUAUCUGGUCUCCUCUUUCAUGGUUCAGUUUGAACCUCAUUAGUGGAUGCAGUGAUGAUGAUGUGUUCACAGAUAAUGGUUUUUGAAGUGAUUCUGAGUCCAUGCGGUGAUUUCCACUCCAGAGUCCUGUCUGUUUUUAAUGCCCUGAAGAUCAGCACCAUCCAGUCCUGGUUUUGGUUCUUGCCUCUUCAUUAUGUUUAUGAAAUGUUUUGAAUUCAUUUAAUGGAAAUCCCCUCAUAUAAUAUUUCAUUGGCCGACAUGCAAACAGGCCGAGUCUGUUCCUUUAGAAAGACAGUCUCCUGUUUUCUAAGAAAUGGAGACUCUGUUUGUCGGUGACAGCGGGUAACAUCAGAUCACUCAGCAGGACUGAUAUGUAGAGAGAAUAGCAAAGAUCUUGACUGUUUUUGUACUAAAAAAAAAACACCAAAAUGAGUUUAAAAAAGACUACAUACAGUGGCACAGACAGGGAAGUUGAGGGUUCAAUCCCAGCUCCUGCGGUCCUUUCCUGGAGUGUUGUUGGACACCGAGCCUCAGAAGCUCCUGAUGGUUUAUCCAGUGGUGUGUGAAAGCUUGUUUAAUGGUCAUGGUUAACUCUAAUGGACAUUCAGCAUAAAACCCUCGGCCAUCAGUGAAGGGGUGUGGUGUGAAUGGGUGAAUAUGACAUGUACUGUGAAAGUGCGCUGAGUGGUCCCAUAAAGCACUUUGUAGUUACAGUCUGUUUAUCACUGACCUUUGUUAUAACAGCUGAGCUGUCGGUUAAAUAACAGAUCUGUGUUUCUACAGGAGCUGACCUCCCCUCGUUUGAUCAAAAGCCAUCUUCCUUACCGAUUCCUCCCCUCAGCCAUGCACAACGGAGAGGCCAAGGUCAGUUACCCACGAUGCACCUCGCACAGACUGGAACUUUUCCGAGUAACAUUUCUGUAGAUGACAGUUUAGAGAGCUUUCCCUCCCUCCCCCCAAAUCCAGCUGCACUGGUUUCAGUGUCUGACACAGUCUGGUUUCGGGGUCUCUCAGAGGGAACGCUGUUUGAAUUGUCUUCAAAGUCCACAAUGUGCAAGUUCCCUGCAGCUGCGCAGCUCUGUUUGGUUCCAUCUUUUUUAACCAUGUGGAGUUUGUUGGGCUCAGCUGACAGUCACAUUUCCAGAUGUGAGUAGAGGCGGGUUUGUCAGUUUAUCAAAAGUUUAACCAACGUCAGAGCAGGGUUUGGAUCCCUCGUCUUCCUCAGAUGAACCACUGUGGGAAGUCCCAGUAUGCCUUCAUUGUUGCACCAACUCCUGCAACCGUGGCAGCAUGCUGUGGUGGAAAUUAAAAUGACGUAAAUGAAUGUAGUUUACUAACGAUAAAUAUAUUUCAAAUUAAAAUUUAAAGUUGAUUAAAACAGAUUAGAGGAUUUCUGCUCAGCUCUGGUUGGAGGGCCUCUUCCUCUAAACUCCACUGGUCUCUUCAUGUCUUAAGUCUCGUUCAAAUGCAGGCGGGUAUCUGCAAACAGAAAUCCAAAGUACUCAUGUUGGUUACCUGACUACAGGGUGUCAUCUGGUUUCUGCUCCUCCAGGUGAUCUACAUGGCUCGUAACCCGAAGGACCUGGUGGUCUCCUACUACCAGUUCCACCGCUCUCUCAGGACCAUGAGCUACCGCGGGACCUUCCAGGAGUUCUGCCGCCGCUUCAUGAACGACAAACGUGAGUGACAGAGAUGCAGGAGGAACUCUGAGACACACCUGACCUUUUCCUCGACUCUGACCCGCCUGCCUCUCUGUCUCUCUCUGGUUUAGUGGGAUAUGGUUCCUGGUUUGAACAUGUUCAGGAAUUUUGGGAACAUCGCAUGGACUCCAACGUCCUCUUCUUGAAAUAUGAAGACAUGUACAAGGUAACAUCAUCCUCAUUUAUCAUCAUCUAAUGUGCUUUUUUUUUCUUUUAACUCAAACACUUUUAACAACAAUGAUCAGGCAGGACUUCUCUUAUCAACAGUAUGAAUGAAUAACAGAGCACUUGGAGUCCAUUGACAGUAUCAUGCAGGCUUUGUACACAGUGCUGAUCGCUCUCAUAAAGCAUUACUCUAUCACCACCAGGACUACUGGAGUCAUGUUUAGCUUGUGGAUACUUCUUCUAACUUGAAGAUGAGUUGUUAGUCUGAGACGAGCUCUUUUUCUUCCAGGAUUAGCGCUUAUUACAGCCUAGAUAAGCACAAAAGGUGUAAUAAAGGCAAAAUAUAUGCUUUAUGGAGGAAAUAAUGAAAGCUGAAUCAAAGAUAAAAUAACGGUGUAGCACAGUCUUUAUUAGGGUGUAAUAAAGGCGUUAUACAGGUUGAAUUAAGGGUGUAAAAGUCACAUUUUUGUGGAAUAGUAACUAUUUAACCGCCACUGAAAUAACGGAUAUGAAAUGUUACGUUACUUCUCACAGCUUCUCUCAAAGCAGUCAGAGGACUCUAAUUGAUCAGGAACCCUAGCACCGUUCUUGGCAAAGUCCGAGUCCUGAACGAACAUUUAGGUUUUUUUUACCGACCCCAAACUUCAUGUUCCUCAUGAUCAGCCAGUAAACAGCCGAACAGCACAUCAGAAAGGGUGCGGGUUAAGUAAUGCGCUGUGAGCGUCUCAUCACCUGACCCACUUGUGCAGAAAUAAAGGGAGUCUGAUGGCCCACAAAGAUUGGUGAACCGUCAUUCAUUCGUCACCGCUCGGUUGGGGAGUUUGCAGAAUGUCAGGUCAGGUACUCCUCAUAUCCUCCUCUGUGUUCAUAAAGAAAGCCUACUAUUGCAGGACACACACUGAUAAUACGGUUUUGCAAACAUCCAGCCAAUAAAAUCACAUGAAGUUAAAAUCCACCAAAAUACCGUACACAGAUAUCUGCUGCUUCACCAUCUGUUAAAUCUUUAACCGUCACUUUGCCCUGUAAUCUUCUUUUUGCACAACGUGGCACUCGCCUACAUCCAUAUCUCCUCCAUGUUCAGGACAUUUUGUGUAAACAUUCGAGGAAAAGAGGGAAAUAAAAAGGCAAAUCAAUAUCUGCCCUUUGCUUUGUCAAAGGUCUCUUUUUACAGUGUCUGCUCUUAUCACGUUUAUGAGGCUCAAACUCUCUGGGUUUUUCUUCAAAACCGCUUUCUUGGAACUCCAGCGAGAAGAUGUAAUGUGGCUGAACGGCACAGAUCGCCUCUGGUGUUGGAGAAAACUCCUUCAUUGAUAAUUACUAGAAAAAAAAGCAACUCUUUAUUUCUGAUUGGAAAAACACUGAAAAGGCUUCAGUUUUACACCUCAUACCUGUACUAUAACUAGUGUAAAAUCUUGUGAGUGAAGAAGAAGCUAACAGAGGAUUACAGAUCGAAAGCCUCCAGAUGCAAGAAAUGAUCAGCAAAGAGACGGAGAAGAAGACUCUUCUGUUAGUCCCACAAUUUCAUGAAUGUGUUCCCAGUUCAACCAAAAAGCCCUUUUUCUCCAAGUGAACCCCUGAUCGCGUUCGCAAAAUUGUCUCCGUUUAAAACUGACGUCAUUAAAGAUACAAAUAUGAAAUAUCAAAAAUACCAGAAAUGACAUCUUUAAGGCGGACCCUCUUAGGAAACCUGACAGGUUUUAGAAGGUGCAUUAGAGAUAUCUUUAAAAACUGAGCUGAGGGUUUUGAGUUGGCGGACUUUCGCCUCCUCACUUUAUGUCACUGCUGCCAGUUUGAGGCCAGUCCAGGGACGCCAAAAGACGAGGGCACCUUCAUCUCAGUCUGCUUACAAACAUAUGUCACCUUAGCCAGGCACAACCCAAAAAUUCCAGCCCUUUACAGCCCCAAGACUGAUGUCAAACUCUCCAAUAUGCGCACUGACUCCACUGCCCACUCUCUUUCUGACAUGACACAACACGAAAGCAUCUAAGCAGAACAAAAGAUUCAGGCUUUGUGGAGAUAUGGGACGCACAGAAAUGAACAAUCUUUAUUUUUGGAUUAAAAAAGGUCAAUGACGGAGUCUGUUGAGCAGAAGGAUUGUUUCAGUCGGUUGACUCAGCAGAUCCGUAAGAAAGAGGCCUUUGUGUUUUAACAUGUGCUCAGGUUUACAGAUGCCCCAGGUGGGAGACAACAUGGCUCGUCCCUGAGAACAACAGAGGAUCUGUUUCUGCCUUAAUAUCAGAGUUUGUAUGUGCAAGGUUGGUCUCUGUUGGAGGUCCAAUUCCUGCACAUUUGCAUGACUCUGGUCCUAAAACGUAAAUUCAGCCUCUGCCUAUGGUUUCAGAGGAGCAGUGUGAUAGCAGCUCUGUUAGUCUGUUGUCCUUGUAGGUCAGUAAUCUCAGACUGGACCUACUUUAAACACACACAGACACCCAAAGCAAACACAGACAUGUAACACGGAGCUGUAAACUGAUAGCCUUUACGUUAAACUGCUCCUACAGAUGAUUGAUACGAACACAGAGCUGUACAUCAUGUCCUUACAGCUGUCAGAGUUUCACCUUUACACCAGAUUGUGUAAGAGCAGAGGACAGCGUGUUCCCUGCAGCCGUGGGUGGAUGCCGUUUGGGGAAGCAGAAUCUGUGCAUUAGAGAUAUUUCAGGAUCCACGAGGGAGGCAGUUCCUCACAUUUAUUUUGUAGUUUUGAGUUUUCUUCAUGCUCGUGUUUUUCUCUGCAGGAUCUGGGGAACCUGGUGGAGCAGUUGGCGCGGUUCCUGGGCGUCUCUUGUGACAAGUCUCAGCUGGAGGGCAUGGUGGAGAGCUGCAACCAGCUCAUCGAGCAGUGCGGCAACUCGGAGGCGCUGUCCAUCUGCAGGGGUGAGUGGAAGAGGAGCUACAGGAGGUCAGAGCUGCUCCUCUGGUCUGCUGAAAAAGCAGAUUUCUGUGAGGUCUGGGUGAAAGGCCUCUGGAGGCUGAAUCAGACAGUGAGGAGUCAAACCUUCGAAGCAUUACAUACAUUUAAAACCCUGACAGCUGACAUUUAUCCACAUUUUAUGUCUCUAACUUUAUGAUUUCUCCACAUGAUCGGCUCAUUUUGCUUUUUUUUUCUCCUUUAAAAAAUGAUGAUGGCACAGUGGGAUCAUUUCCAAUCAGACUUUUUAAUGGCUCGAUCAUGAGAGCACCGAAAAGGUCAGACUAUCCCACUGAGAAAUGUGUUCAAAAUUGAUUUAAAGCUCACGAAUGUCGUCACAGCUCCCUCUUCAGAGCUUCUUCUGCCUUUAGGUGAUCGUUUAACUACUGUGUCCUCUCUAAAACAAAGCAGCAGCAUCCAUGACUCUCAGCUUGACAAAUUAAAGCUGAAAUAUUUCAUGGCCAGAUUUAGAUAAAUAUUAGUUUAUUCAUCGGCAUCACAAGCCGAAUUUCACAUGACUGUAAUCUGUAUAUUCCAUUCCGUUAUGAAUGCUGUACAGGCUUUAAUAUGUUAGUGCUCAACCUGAACGUCCACAGUGUAACUCAGAGUAUGGAAUAAUGAAGUCAGCCCUUUAUAAUACCCAGGCUGUAAACUCUCCUGCUACAGAUGAGCUUUUCAGAAUGAGUGUGUAUGUGGUUUCAAGUGCUUCUGUAGCCGACCUCUAAUGGACACUCAAGGAACUGCAGUUUUCUAAAGACUGGAUUUUCCUGCUGGUAUAGAAUUAAAGGUGGAGUAGGCAGGAAUCCUUUAAAGAAGCAACUUUUUUGUGGUGUAUAGACAAAAAAAGCUUCUAAUAUCAGUCAAUAGUUAUUAGUUAUUGAUUGGUUGUGAGGCAGACGCUGCUCCCCCGUGUCGUUCAGGAGCCCAAACAAAGUUAGCGUGCUACAAUAUCGGACAGUAGAAACCAACCAGAAAGUUCGGAAAAUUGUCUGAAUCCUCCUUUGGCCACGACUGCCGACACAAGCAAGAAAACAAAGUAAAUACCGGAGACUCUGGAGGAAUAACGGGCGCUUAAAACGGAGGUAGACCGGACAAGAGCUAAAAAGCCGGGUCAACAUAAACCAUGGGGGACGCUUGGGGAUCUUGGUGACCCUGUAACCUUUCUGCUGGACAGGUAAACCGCUUUAACAAAGUAAGACAAGUGUCUGUAACAGAAGUGUUUUCUUGUCAAACGGACCUGCUGUAGCGUGUUGUAGCGCCAUCGCUAAACUGUCCUCCCUCGGGUCCUGGACUAUGUCACUUUAUCCUCGUUGUAGAAGUCCUGCAAACAUUGUGUUUGCUGGUAGUCUGUUGGCAUCUACAGUAGCACCAAUGCUUUUGACUUUCACCUUGACUGGGCCCCAUUUGUAAUGAUCUGAAGUAUUGAUCUGCAUUAUAUCUGAAUUUAAUUGGAACGAUACGAGCGAGCAGGAGCGUCUGUUUGUGGGCGGGGCUUGAGGGGAGAGGAGGAGCUGAGGGGAAAACUGAUUUGGAGGGGUAGAGUUUACAGUCAAGAUUUCUCCUAAAAACUGGAACUUCCUCAGAUCCUGACUACAACACCUUUAAUAUGAUGUUACAGGAAACUCUUGUGAUAACAGUAUUUAAAAACCAUGAACUCCUCACCUGGCUUUAAGUUCAUUUACUAUUUAAUUUUGUUUAUUUAGGAUUACAGUAUACAUGUAAAAACUGGCUUACAUAUGACUCAGAGCGCUUUGGACCCAGUAGACUGCACUUAACAUAAAAUUUGAUAAAAUGAACCAACUUUACUAAAACUCAGCUCUUCUUUAGAUUUUAUUUUUUAUCAUGAAGCAGCACAAAAGCAGAAUCUGACUCUGAAUUAUUGUCUUCCUGAAAUUCUGCCGUUAUUUUUAACUUGGAUUUUUUUUAUUUUUCUUCAAGUUAAAACAAGAAUAAAAAAAUUUGGUGUUAUAGAUGAUAAAUGUCUGCACAUGAACGUGAUUGUUUUUUAAGUCUGACAUGGUUACAGCACCACCCUGUGGCUGCAUUUUGCACCUGCAUCAAUAGUUAAAUCUAUAGUUUGAUUUGACCUGCUUGUCCAUUUUCACUCAGACCCUUUGAGUUGUAUUUGUCUUUUGCAUUUCCUCAAGUGUUAUAAUUAUUCAUAUUUAUUUAUGUUGACCUUCUUGUUUUGAUUUACUCUUUUCUGUCGUCCGUUUUUUUUUUUUUCCAUCUUUUCUUUUCCUUUUAGUGCAUGGGAGUCUGGUGUCUGCUCUGCUUUAGGCUAAACACACAGCUGCCUGUCAGUCUGAGCUCAGAUCAGUCUGUCUCUCAGCUCAGCAGGUGAGUCACAGCUGCAUCAGAUGAGGGUUGAGGAAAUAUACAGCUGUUUUCUUUUAGUGGAAAUAUUGAUAUUGGACUAAAAACAAACAUAUGUCGAAAUUUUAAGAUUUCAUGUUCAUCCAAAAACAACAUUAGAGUUAGCGCUUCUUUGGGAUACUAACUAAUUGAUUAAAUGUAAAUACUUUGUUACAGUUACUUUAGCUGCUGUCAACCAGGACCUAACAUUUCACAGGGAUAGUAUCCUUCAAAAUAAAAGCCUAGUUUUACAAUAACAAAAUAAAGUGACCUAAAUGCAAGGCAGAAAAAUCCUGAUACUGAUACUUGAAGCAAUAGUGUUUAUUAGUUCAACUGUUAUAUUGAUAAUAUAUAAUAAUAUAAUAAUGUUGGCUCUACUCGUGUCAAAUCAUUCUUUACUUUACUAAUUUUGUCUUUUUAUUUUAAAGAUUUCCACAAAUACAAGAAUUUUUUAUCACAAUGUUUUAAGAUGAUUGUGAAGUUAAGAUCUGAAGUUGUGAAAGCCCUAAUUAAAAAAAAUAAUAGUCAUUAUUAUAUUAUUAUGAUAAUAAUGGCAAUAAUAAUAAUAAUAAUAACAACAAUAAUAAUAAAAUAAUAAAUUAUUAAUAAUAAAAUUUAUAAUAGUUAUAUUAUUAUAGUAAUAAAAAUGGUCAUAAUAAAAAUUAUAAUAAUUAUAACAAUAAUAAUAAAACAAUGAUAAUAAAAAUAAUAAUGGUAAUAAUAAUUACCGUAUCAAUAAUGGUAAUGAUAAAGAUGAUAAUAAUAAAAACAAAUAAAAUAAUAAAAAUAGUAAUAAUUAUAAAAUUAAUAAUGGUAAAAAAAUAAAAAAUAUAUACAUUAUAAUAAAAAAAUAAUGAUGAUAAAAAAAUAAUGAUGGUAAUAAUAAUAAAAAUAACAAUUAUAAAAAAGUUAUUUUAAUUAUCAUAGUAAUAAUGAUAAUAAGAUUUAUAAUGGUAAUAAAAUGAAAAUAAUAAUACAAAAAAUUAUAAUUGUAAUGAGAAUAAAAUUUAUAAUGGUUAUAAUGACAAUAAUAACAAUAAUAAUAAUAAUGGUAAAAUGACAAGAAUAAUAAUUAUAAUAAUGUUUAUGAUGAUGAUGAUGAUCAUAAUAAUAAUAAUAAUAAUAACAAUAAUAAUAACACUGACUCUCCAUGUCUGUGGUUGCAGGUCGUGUUGGUCUGUGGAAAGACGUCUUCACAGUCUCCAUGAACGACAAGUUUGACACCGUGUACAGACAGAAGAUGGGAAAGUCUGACCUGACCUUUGACUUUUCCCUGUGAAGAGGAGGAGACCCCCGCCCCACUCUCCCUCCUCACCCCUAAGACGCCUCCUGACUCUCCACACCACAUAUCCCCUUCAGACAACAAUCGCACACUUCCAGCCAAAAAACUCGCACUCGACACCAACUACAAUCCGAGGGUUUUUCCCAGAAUGCUUUGUGCUCAAAAUCACAAGUUAUUCCAACCCCGGUCUCAGUGGAACGGUCAAAAUAAAUCCAGAUUUAUCAGGAUUCACUCAAAUGUCUGAAUCGAUAGUUAAACCAAACCUCCCUCAACCCCCUACCUCUACAGAAAAUCAGGUGAAGAGAAGCCAAACCUGUAGAGAACGUUUUAGCGCUUAAAUCGGCUCCUAGAGAGACUUUUUCUUUGUUUGACGAACUUUAUUUUGAAGUGCUGCCGGCUUUUUAGCUUUCAUCGCUCACGUCUCAGCUUUAUGUGUGUGUGUGGACGUUUGUGAGAGUGUGUCGAGGACUAAGAGAGUCGAGGUCAACGCCAAAAGACUGAUGGACAUGAACUCUUUCUAUCACCUUCAAUGUCACCUUCAUUUUAUGACUUUAUCUAAAAAUAUAUCGAUCUGAAAUCUCCCUGAACAGACUCAAAAGUGAAAAAAGAGAGCGGCUCUAAAACCGUCUUUGUGACCUCUUGAUGGAUUUGAGGAUACCACAAAAACCAAAUGCAGAUCAGCACUCUUAAACCUCUAAAAGCUGCUAUCAUGAGUGUAAAAUACGUGUUAGAGUGCCAGUGCAGGAGUCCAUCACAGUGGAGUGCAUACAUACUGCCCCCUAGUGGCUCAAAUGAGCAGCAGCGUGGUCAAAAUCAGUACUUAAGUAAUGUGUUUGUAAAAGGAGAGUUUCAGAUCACUGUUUUCAUGCAGGCAAACAUGAUUUUCUGAAUUUAAUGGUUUUUUUUUUUUCUUACUCUAGUCUGCAGAAUAAAAAUGUAUGAGUGUGAAAAACAAACGUGUUAUAAAGAUAAUCAAAAAUAUGUAAAUAUGGGAAAAAGUCAAAAACCUUUCCUGAAAAUAAGCAGAGACGUCUGAGGAUAACCUGAAAUAAAAAAGACGUUUCUCUGUGUGUAACAUGGACGACGUUUAGAGUUUAAAUAAGAAAAAGAGUCGAAACAUUAUAAAUGUGACGAAUUAGAGAGAACAAGUCAGCGUGUGGACGAUUACAGCGUCAGACUUAAAACAGGAAUAUACACCAACAAAAACACAACGUUCACAACAUCAUGAGAGUCAUGUGUGCAUGUUGGGCCUCCCUGAUACGUAAGAGGCAUCUAGGUUUUAACUCUAAAUGGGACCAUAAAGUGAAGAAACCUGAAACUACAGACUGAGACCUUAAACUCAUGAGGACUGUGUUUACUAAACUGAGAAGUCGCCUUACCCCCAAUUUUCACUGCAUCUGGAACGGCUCCGAUCUAGAAAGGCGACGUACGCCAAUUCCAAUGGGAUCCUUUGGUGAGACGAAUCAUGUGAUAACCAGUUGUCUUUAGCCACAGAGGCUAAACAUAUAAGCAGUAGAUUGUGUCCUUCUAGAGGAGGAAAUCUACUUCUAGACUUCUAGAAUCAGCAUCUCCUCAUCCAUGGUGUCAUCGGGGUGAAAUGACAUCUGUGCCGACUUCCUUUCCAGCACGGGUUAAUCUGCGCUGAAUUUAUUCGACAUGCUCCGGAAAAAUAGAACUCCUGCAAUCAGCUGCGGAAAGAAGCCGUUGGAAAUUGACAAAUUAACUUGAAUGGUUACGAUCAGCAGAUACGGCCUUAUCGUAGCCGUUCCGGAUACGUUGGAAAUUGGGGGUUAUUCACUCAUCUGCUUCCACACCAUCAUACUCCCUCUGCUGGCCAUGAUGAGGACUGCAGGUUUCAGACACUAGUGCACUAUAUCCAGUCAGACCAGAAUCUACUUCCUCCUCUUCCAUCUUUAAAUCAGUCUUUAAUAUGAACGGGGUUGAUGCGUAUUUCUGUGUAUUUUCUCUGCGUUUCUAGAGAAACAUCAGUUUUUUUUUUUGAUGCAGGAGAGAAAAGAGAGAAAAGAGAGGAGCUUUGACACGACCAGCAUUCACUCUUCAGCCACUCACUGCACCGGAGAGCCACCGCAGCAGCAGAACCUGCCCUCAGACUAUUAUUACAGUCCCCCCCCCAGUAGUUUCCAGUCCAGCAGACCGGUCCGUGCGCUCUUCAGACACUCGUGAAUGUCUUUAUUGUGUGGAUGUAAAACGACAACACUCGUCACAGCACCUCUUUUACGGCGUCUCUUCAUUGUUCUCCCUCUUUUCUGCGUCACUCUGUUUACAGCCGUUGGCGAGGUUUCUCUGUCCACCUCCACUUUAUGGUUUGUUUGGGUUUUAUUCAUGCCAGCCUCCGUUUCCUGGGUGUCCUGUAUUUAUUUUACAUGCUUUGCUCGCUGGUUUACUAAUAAAGUUGUGUCUUCAGGCAAUACUCACCGUCUCUGUUCUCGUUUUUUAAACUUGUGCACAUCAAGUCUUUGGGUGAGCGUGGUCAGAGACGGCAAAGAGAACUAAUUCUUUUAUUUCUCUUAAAUCACAGGUUGUUAUUUCUUCACAUCUCCACAUGAGACUUCAGGUUAAUCACUUUGAUUCGGCACCUAAGACUGCAAAAAACUUGAACAAGCAGCAAAUCAGUGAUGGGAGGCAGGUGUGAUUUUACAAAUGAUGGUGAAACUGAAACAAACAACCAAACAGGUCAAAGUUGUACCGCUAAAAAAAUAUCUGGAGGAACAUCUCCGACUAAAGAGGUGAAUCUCUAACGGGUAAGUCACAUGACUGGGUCCAACCCCCAAUUUUCACUGCAUCCGGAACGGCAAUAAUUUUCACCAUCCGCCAAUUCCUACCGGAUCCGAUUGUGAGGCGAAUUUUGUGGCGGAUUACGGACAGCAGGAAUCACGAGAACUCACAAGAACUUGCAGAUAUACGUUCAAUCGCGCAGUAGACUGUGUCCUUCCAGAGGAGGAAAUC